CACCUGAUUUUAUAUUUAAAGGUGUGUUUGAUGCCCUGCCCCUCACACAGAGUUUUAUCCCAAACGGCUUGAGGAUGCACACUUCCCGGCAUCCAAAGCCCAGGCUGGACGAAGACACGGAGUCCGGCAUCGGCUCCACCCUUGACCUCACAAGCAGCAGCAAGGGUGACGGCAAACAUACAAAUCAGCCCUUUGGUUCACCUUCGUUCAGAGCGGCAGACAGACUUCCCAGAGAGAACGAAGCCCCCCCUCAGACCUCAGAAGUGAGUCCACACAAGAUCAAACAGCUCCUUAUCAACUUAUCCAAGGUCCCUCUUCUCUUCAUCCUUCUCUUCUUCUUUAUUUGCUCCCUGGACACUCUGAGCUCUGCCUUCCAGUUGGCAGGGGGUAAAGUGGCAGGGGACAUUUUCAAGGACAAUGCGGUGCUGUCCAACCCCGUGGCUGGCCUGGUGGUGGGGAUUCUGGUUACUGUGCUCGUUCAGAGCUCAUCAACCUCCACCUCCAUUGUUGUCAGCCUGGUGGCCUCCGGAUUGCUAGAAGUGAAGUCGGCAGUUCCAGUCAUCAUGGGGUCCAAUAUUGGCACUUCUGUCACAAACACCAUAGUGGCCAUGAUGCAAGCUGCAGAGAGAAAUGAGUUUCAGCGCGCCUUUGCUGGAGCAACCAUCCAUGACUGCUUCAACUGGCUGUCGGUCCUGUUCCUGCUGCCUCUGGAGGCGGUGAGUGGGUUGAUGACCCGGCUGUCCCACCUCCUGGUUAGCAUCUUACAAAUCCAGUCAGGAGAAGAUGCCCCCGAGCUUCUAAAGGUCAUCACUGAGCCAGUAACAACACUCAUCAUACAGCUAGAGAAAUGUGUGAUCACAGGGAUUGCCAUGGGAAAUGAGGGCAUGAGGAACAAGAGCCUGGUGAAGGAAUGGUGCCAGUCUGCUGGCAAUGGGAGCUUUGACAACUGUGGAAGUAACGAUUUUCCAUCGUCGUCACGUGUUAAAUGUAAACAUCUGUUUGCAUCCACUGAGUUGUCAGACCUCACGGUGGGUCUUAUUCUCCUGGCUGCUUCUCUGGUGGUCCUCUGCUCAUGUCUGCUACUUCUAGUCAAGCUGCUUAACUCUCUUCUUAAAGGCCAAGUAGCAAAGGUCAUCCAUAAAGUCAUUAACACAGACCUGCCUUAUCCCUUUGGGUGGCUGGCAGGAUACGUUGCCAUGUUUGUGGGUGCAGGCAUCACAUUUGUGGUCCAAAGCAGCUCUGUUUUUACUUCAGCCAUGACUCCACUUGUAGGCAUUGGUGUCAUCAGUCUGGAGAGGGCCUAUCCUCUCACCCUCGGCUCUAACAUUGGCACCACCGCCACUGCUCUGCUGGCAGCUCUGGCUAGUCCUGGGAAUAAACUAGCAGCUGCAAUACAGAUUGCUCUCUGUCACCUCUUCUUUAACAUUUUUGGUAUCCUGCUGUGGUAUCCUAUCCCCUUCAUGCGCUUACCCAUAAAGAUGGCUCGUGUCCUGGGGGAGCGGACUGCCAAAUACCGCUGGUUUGCAGUCUUAUACCUGCUUCUCUGUUUCUUGGUCUUUCCAUCAAUAGUGCUGGGCCUCUCCUUGGCUGGCUGGCGGGUUAUGGCUGGUGUUGGAGGUCCUUUUCUGGGAAUCACCAUCUUCAUUACCACCAUAAAUGUAAUGCAGACUUGCAGUCCUCGUCAUCUGCCCACCAAGCUCCAAAACUGGGACUUCCUGCCUAAGUGGAUGCACUCUCUGAAGCCGCUUGACCGCUUGAUUACCAAGGCAACUGUCUGCUGCAGAGUAGCAUGUGAGGAGGGUCAAGAUGAGGAAAAAGAGGAGCCCAUCUUAGCAGAUCCAGCACCUGUUGGUGUGGAGGAAAAGCCCUCUCAAAGGACAGAACAGCUAGCAUACUGUAAUCCAGUGCUGGACUGCCUUGAUGAGAAGAGUCCAGGCGUGCUGGUUUUUAAACUACGAGGGUUAGAAAGGUGCAACAGCACUCCACUGUGAAAAAAAAGAUGCUUUAAAGUCCACAAAAGGUUCACAAAUUGUUGAGUACUCAAAAAGCUUUGGAAAAAAAAGUCAGGAAAAAGGAUUUCUAGAUGUCAUUCCAUUACCCCUGAGAUGUAUUAAACAUCUCUACAGCAGAAAGUAUAGAAAGUGGCAGAAAGUAUAGACCUGAGAUGAAAGUUUUUUUUGUCUAAAAACCUUGUUAUUGAUGCUCAACUUUGAAGAGAAACACAAAACAAGAUAUGUUCUGUGCUUCAUAGAGAGCUUUGAGAUUCACAUCAGUUGAGUAAAUACGAGCUAUGAGUAAAUUAGGUGAGCCAAGCAUUCUUCUUUUAGCCAUCACUUUUAUUUACAGAAAAUGCAGUAGUGUGGACGUAAGUGACAUUUUCAUCUGAAACUUUACCAAUAACAAGGUUUGGAACUUCUGAGCCACACAUUUUUUCAUCAGCCAAUUUCUACUAACCUUUGAGCAUUAUUGUGAAAAAUCUAACAGACAGAAGCUGUUUCUUGUGCUAAAUGUCUUGUGAAAAAUGUGCAGAAUUGCUGAUGCAUUAAAGUUGCUUUCACACUGGGAUAA